GCAGAAGGUGCCGCAGUGGAGGACCCAAAUGACAUUGAUGCACUAAAAAAGAAAGACCCUCGCAGUAACAAUGGGGAAGACAAAGUACAAAGUGUGGAGACCCUACCUCCAGGAAAAGUUCGAUGGCAAGAUUUUGAUCAAGACAGUUAUGUUGGUGUUACUAUGGUCCGAUCUGGUCAGGACCCAUACGCUCGUAAUAAGUUCAAUCAAGUAGAAAGUGACAAACUGCAAAUGGACAGAAACAUACCUGAUACCAGGCAUGAUCAGUGUCAACGGAAACAAUGGCGGAUAGACCUGCCAGCCACUAGUGUAGUGAUCACCUUCCACAACGAGGCCAGAUCUGCUUUACUUCGAACUGUUGUCAGUGUGCUUAAAAAAAGCCCAUCACAUCUUAUCAAAGAAAUCAUACUGGUGGAUGACUACAGCAAUGAUCCUGAGGAUGGUGCUCUGUUGGGGAAAAUUGAGAAAGUGCGGGUUCUUCGAAAUGAUCGUCGAGAAGGCUUGAUGCGCUCCCGUGUCAGAGGGGCAGAUGCAGCACAGGCUAAAGUACUGACAUUCCUGGACAGUCACUGUGAAUGCAAUGAGCACUGGCUGGAACCUCUUCUGGAGAGAGUUGCUGAGGACAAGACCAGAGUUGUGUCUCCUAUAAUUGAUGUAAUUAAUAUGGACAACUUCCAGUACGUGGGGGCGUCAGCUGAUUUAAAAGGCGGCUUUGAUUGGAACUUGGUGUUCAAAUGGGAUUACAUGACACCAGAGCAAAGAAGAGCAAGACAAGGAAACCCAGUUGCUCCCAUAAAAACACCAAUGAUAGCUGGCGGGUUGUUUGUGAUGGACAAAUUCUAUUUCGAAGAGUUAGGAAAGUACGAUAUGAUGAUGGAUGUUUGGGGUGGAGAAAACUUAGAGAUUUCAUUCAGAGUGUGGCAGUGUGGAGGGAGCCUUGAAAUUAUCCCAUGCAGCAGAGUGGGUCAUGUAUUCCGCAAGCAACAUCCUUACACCUUCCCUGGUGGGAGUGGUACUGUGUUUGCAAGAAAUACGCGUAGGGCAGCAGAAGUGUGGAUGGAUGAGUACAAAAAUUUCUAUUACGCAGCAGUGCCUUCAGCCAGAAACGUACCUUAUGGCAAUAUUCAAAGCCGAAUGGAACUGAGAAAGAGACUUAGCUGCAAACCUUUCAAGUGGUAUCUUGAAAACGUCUAUCCUGAGUUAAGGGUACCGGAUCAUCAAGAUAUAGCUUUUGGGGCUUUGCAGCAGGGUACCAAUUGCCUCGACACUUUGGGCCAUUUUGCAGAUGGUGUUGUUGGAGUUUAUGAAUGUCAUAAUGCUGGGGGAAACCAGGAAUGGGCCUUAACUAAGGACAAGUCAGUGAAACAUAUGGAUUUGUGCCUUACUGUUGUGGACCGAGCACCUAGUUCACUAAUAAAACUCCAGGGCUGCAGAGAAAAUGACAGUAGACAGAAAUGGGAGCAAAUUGAGAGCAACUCUAAACUGAGGCAUGUUGGCAGUAAUCUGUGUCUAGACAGCCGAAAUGCCAAAAAUGGCGGUCUUACCGUUGAGGUCUGCAAUCCUUCUCUGUCGCAACAGUGGAAAUUCACACUUAAUCUACAGCAGUAGAAGGGCUUACACACAAUGCCAUCUUGUUUCCUAGACAUUGGGCAAAAUUUUGAUUGCAUUACUGAUAUAUUUCUUAAACUUUCCACGGAACUUAUAUACCUCAGUAUUCCAUCUUCGUCUGAAAGUAGGAGAGAACAAAGCUGAACACAAGGGAACCAAGGGGACGUGGAACACUGCAAUUAUCUCACUGAACGUAGUGCAGCAAAGUUCCCUUCUGGUGUAAAGACUUCUCAGUUCCUGUCUGACUUCAGUUUAGUACUUGCACAGCAGAUGAUUAACAUCCCUAGAAACAAUUGAUGUACAGUAGAAAAUGGAUCUUAACACGCAGAAGG